CGUUGCAUCCGAGUAGUCUCCGACUCCAAUACUCAAACAUAACCUGUUAGAAGUAUGCCUCUCGUUCAUGUUAAAGUUCAAAACACCCAUUGAAUUCGAAGCUUGUCGACCUUCACUUACCCCACUGUGUUUUGUAUCUUCGAAUAUUUCCCUAAGUUGCUAUAUCCGUCCAACGUGAGGGAGAAAAGUGUUGAUAUGCAGGCCGCUCCUUUUUCCCCUGUAACAGACAUAAAAAUUGUCUGUCAGAAGGAACGCUAUCCACCCGGUUACUUCAUGCUUACAAAGACUGUUCAAGGUAAUGAUGGGCAGUUAUUUGACAGCACAUGGAGACAUAAAGGGAAACGUUAUCUUUGCUUUGCAAGACAGGGAGGACAGAAUGUGAUUGAAGACCUAACAAUUAUUGGUGAGGAUGAUCAUGUGCCAGCAGGAUUUACAGCACUCACAAAAGCUCAUGAUGAUGAUGACAAGGCUCUGCGGAAACAUUUUCUUUGUUUCAAAAUCAAGGCAAGCAAGACAGCUGUCAGUGCAGUCUUUGAUAUUGUGUUAAUUAACAGAAACAAAGGAGAAACAGCCCCUCCUGGAUACAAAUUAAUUACGAAUGAGGUAAAUAACUUGUCAGUGUGUUUCAAAGCAGCUCCAAUGACAAGAGAACCACCAGGACCACCUUCAGUUCAUCAGAAUCCAUAUAGUGUACCUCCUCAAAAUCAGUGGUAUGGUCAGGCUCCAGUCCCAAGUCCCCAGCAGCACCAGCUAGGUUAUCAAGCACUUCCUGCAGUGUCAGCUAAACCUGGAGUAAGUUCCGCAAUUGAAGGCCUUCCGUUUGAGGUCAAUUCUAAGUUUGAGAUGCUGUGGAAAAAGUCAGGGCCUGUGAUUCCAGCUAUGCAAAGCUUAUCUGUCAGUGACAUAGACGUAAAGUAUAACUAUGACUUCAGCAAAGAGCAAGCUGUUACAUCAAGAUGAGAGAAACAAGCUGUCUGAGUCAGUCAGAUGAAUGGUUCGUCUUGCUGUGUCAUGCAGCCAAUUCCAAUCUCUCAAAGCAUAGUUACAACUCCGGCGGCAGCAAUCACAAAUUAUAUGCGACUGACCAUUACAGCUUUGGAAGAGAACUUAAGAUACAAAAACAUUCCGAGUUAUGUCUCCCUAAGUUUUCUAAAUGAACUGUCCAAUACAAUUUACUCUGUCAACUUCACUCUGCUGCCAUUCUCUUCUUCAUUUUUCCACAUUAUUUUGCUCCAGGCAGUUUUUCUUGUCAAAUUCCCUCGUCCAUGUUAUGUAUUGAGCCGAGAGACUUGUUACGUCCGGAAAACCUUUCCACAAAACUGAGAUACGUAAAGGCAGUGCUUGAAGGACGCUUUUGGUGUCCAUUGAACUGUGGAACAAAAUGAAUGAAACUGGAAUAAACUAAGACAUGAAAAAGUAAA